AUGGCAGAUCAAAUAAAAAAUGAGGAAACUGCACUGGCAGUGUCGGCUAUCUCUGCUAACAAUGAUGAUGAUAACUUGACAGGGAAUGAAGUUCAACCUACUGAGGGAGCCCAAGAAGUAUCUGCCGAACUGGAACAAACUGUCGCAGAUGAUGAACGUACUAGUAAUGAAGUCAAAACGCCAAACGAUCCUAUUGAUGAAGCAAAGCCUAGUUCAGAGCCUACCAAACCGGCGAGAAAACGAGGUCGACCAAGUAAAUCUAGCAAUAGCGGCGAAGAUGAGAAUAAAAAGAAGAAAGCCAAGACUUUAGCUAAGGAGUCAACUGAAAAUGUCAAAUCAACGAUCGAAAGUGAAGAUAUAAAAAGUGUCGCAACGACUGAGAAUUCAGCACGAGGUCGAGGUCGGAAAGCGGGGACGGCGGGCAGCGGUGGUUGGACUUCGGAACAGGAUGCAUAUUUGAGGCAACUCUAUCAACAAACCAGUGCCAUCAAGGAAAUCUAUGAAAAGUUUGAAGCGAAGUUUAGUUCGGGGAAAAGUCCCAAUAGCCUGAAACUACGCUGGGGCAAGUUGAAGCGGGAUUCCUUAGUUCUAUCACCGGAGGAGGAAAAAAUACUCAAGCGUGCAAUAUAUACAGUUGAGAACAAUAAAGCGGCGGCGGUGCUUGACAUUUACGUCAAGGAGGGAGGAGAAGGUGUCACUAAAUUGACCCAAACUUUUGUGGCCAUGCAAUUGAAGAAAUGGGGAGGGCUCACAAAGAAUGGUCCAAAGAUUCAAGAAAACGAAGAGGAUUUAAAUAGUGAAAAUGAGGGCUAG